AUGGCCUCAAUCGCCCUGCGUCCUCACUCCCCUCGUGCCGACGGUAACAGCAGCCGCCGCGACAACGGCGACGGCGACGGCGUCCUUUCGACGUCGGCGCGUGUCGACGCCGCCCAAAAGGGCAAGCACGUCAUCAAGGGAAAGGCCAAGAAGAACUACAAGAAGAAGAAGGGCGCCCUCGUGCGCGCCAAGACCCCCGGCCCCGGCGAGCGCAAGGCCUUCCGCAAGAGGAUCCAGCUGAGCAACAAUAAUGCCGUGGCCGUCAAGGGCCUCGGCGAGCUCGCUCCCGAAUCCAUGUCUUCGGAGGAGGCGUCUGGCCGCGUGCUGAGCCUCCCCGACGGCCUGGUCGACCAGCUUAGGACUGUCGAGGCCUUUAGGCCCACGCAGUCGUGGGGCUUCUUCAAGAGGCCGCACGUGCUCGUGCGGUCCCAGACUACCGAGCUGGCUAGGUUGAUGGACGGCGCCAAGAGGGAUAAGAGCGUGGUCAAGCUCGUUGUAAAUGGUGGUAAAGCCACGGGCAAGACGACCUUGUUGCUGCAGGCCAUGGCUCAUGGCUUCUUGAACAAGUGGGUUGUCAUUAACAUCCCUGAAGCCUUCCAACUCGUCAACGGAAACACCGACUACGCCCCCGUAGCCGACACGGCCGAUCCCAUGCAAUUCUGCCACCCAUCCUUCUCCCUCAAGCUCCUCCAAGCCAUCCUCAAGGCCAACGAGGCCGUGCUCCAGACCCUCCCCGCGACCGGCGACUACUCCAAGGUCAGCUACCUCGCCCACCUCGGCCCCAACCCCACCCUCGCCGACCUGGCCCGUUCCUGCCGCGAGCUCGAGUUCGCCUGGCCCACCCUCUCCGCCCUCUGGAGCGAGCUCACCACCGUCCGCGGCCGGCCCCCCGCCUACCGCGACCCCGCCUUCAAGCCCGUCCACGCCCACGACCUCACCACCAUCCGCCUCUUCACCGACGCCUUGUCCGGCCGCACAGAAUUCCUCAACGGCGCCGCCAUCAUCGGCUCCUGCGGUGGCAACGACAACGUCAAGCUCCCUUCGCUCGACCUCGCCCUCGACCAGCUCAAGGCCGCCGCCGAGGGCAAGGUCGUGCCCCGCCCGGAUCCUUACCAGCGUGGCUACGACGAACGCGUCUUCGACGUCCUCAAGAACGCUCGCCUCCUCCCCGUCGAGGGCGUCUCCAAGGACGAGGCUCGCUCCAUUAUGGAGUACUGGGCUGCCAGCGGUGCUUUGCUCGAGGCUGUGACCGAGCCUGCUGUGAGCUCUAAAUGGACUCUGAGUGGCCACGGCGUUCUCGGCGAGAUGGAGCGGUCCACCCUCCGGAGCAUGAGGGGAUGA